AUGGCGGUCCGGCGAGAUUCUCCUCCGGUGGAGCCGUGGGACGAGUUGAACGGCAAAGUGGUGAUGGUGACCGGAGCCUCAUCGGGACUGGGCCGCGAGUUCUGUGUGGAUCUUGCCAGGGCCGGAUGCAGGGUCAUCGCCGCCGCUCGCCGUGCCAACAGACUCCGAUCUCUCUUCCACGAAAUUAAUAAUGGGUUCGGAAAUUUCUGCUCUGGUUCUGCGGCGGCGGCGGCGGCGGUGGCGGUGGAGAUGGAUAUCAGCGCCGACGAAGAGAGUAUCGAGAAGUGCGUGAGAAAAGCUUGGGAUUGUUUCGGAUUCAUCGACGCUUUGGUUAACAAUGCUGGUUUUAGAGGCACCCUGAAGUCUCCAUUAGAAUUGUCUGUAGAAGAAUGGAAUCAAGUGGUAGGAACAAAUCUCAAAGGAUCUUGGUUAGUAUCAAAGUAUGUGUGCAUACACAUGGGUGAAACCAAACGAAGUGGAUCCAUCAUUAAUAUUUCUUCAAUAGCUGGUCUCAAUAGAAAUUCCUUGCCGUUUAAUAAAGGGAUAUCAUGAAAUUCCUU